AUGUCGUCUACAACAAUAACAGGAACAUCACCUUUGACAUAUUCGAAUUUGAUUGCUGCUUCAACAAUUUAUUCUCAUAAAGAUUCAGCAUCUUCAAGUGAAUCAAUAGAAUCAAGUGCAUCAACCAUUAAAUUAUCACUGGGUACUCCACCACCAACCAUUUCAACUAUUCCAAUAACAACUUCUACAACUACCACUCCAAUAAUAACAACCACAACCAAUACAUUCACCAUCAUCAAACAAUCACCAUACUUUAAACAACCAAUACUGCAACCACAACAACAACAGCAGCUGCUGCAACAACCCAUAGUAACCAUCCCUCGCAAAUCAAAAAUACCAAUCCCAAGCUAUUACGUCGCCCCCAAGAGUACUCUCCAAGAACUGGAUUCAUUAGAAAGUACCAGCUCCUCAUCAUCCUCCACCUCAUUAUGUUCAGCCAGUUCAAUGUCUUCCUCUUCAUCAUAUAUGAUGAUGAUGCCCCCCAAACUUGUCCGUAAAAAGUCGGGAGAAUUAGUUAAAUCAUCUUUGAAACUUCCACAAUUAUUACAACGUUCAUUAUCCACUCCCCAAUUGACUGCAAGAAAAUCAGUGCGAUUUGCUAGUCGAUUGAUUAAUGUGAAGAUGUUUGAUGGAUGUGCUUCUCCUGCCACUGUGAGUUCUGGUCAGACUACUCCUUUGAAUGAAGAUGAUGAUGAGUUUGAUGAUGAGGAUUAUAGAUUUUUGAAACAAAAACCAAGAAGAGUUGAUUAUUUUGAUUGGAAUUGGCAUGGGAAUUCAAGUAAAGGUAGUAGUGAUUAUAGUUCUGAGAAUAAUAGUGAUGAUGAUGAGGAUGAUUAUUGGCUGUCUCCAAAAUUGGUUACUGGUACUACUAGUAAAGAAUAUAGAUUAACUAGUCAUAAUAUUCCUAAGAUUGUUAAUACUAAGGAUUCAGUUGUUUGGUUACCUUCAGCAUAUGUAUUGAAAACUGAUGGGAAAACUUAUCUUUAUGGAUUAAUUAAUGUUAAGAAUUUAGCAUUUGAAAAGAAGUUGUAUAUUAAAUUAACUUUAAAUAAUUGGAAAACAAGUAUUGUAUUUGGUGGGAAUUCAAUUAUUAAUUUUGUUAAAAGUAUUGGAGAUAUUGAUCAAUUUAAAUUUAAAAUUAAUGUUGAUGAUUUAAUUUUAAAUAAAUAUGAUGGUGUUAAUGUUGAUUUACAAAUGUGUCUUAAAUAUGAAGUUAAUAAUCAAACUUAUUGGGAUAAUAAUGGUGGUGCUAAUUAUCAAUUCACUUUAAGUAUGGUUAAUGGAAUUAAAUCUUAUACUUAUAAACCAACAUCCAACCCUGCUUCUAGUGCUAAUGCUACUGCUGCCGCUUCUGCUGCUACUCCAAAGAAGGAUAGUGAAGAAUCUCAUCAAUUUAACGAGUUGAUUAGUAAGUUGAUCUUACAUCAACAAGGUACAAAAUCAGAAGGUACAUCACCAGCACCACCAGCAACACAAGCACCAGCACCCGCUGCACCAAAGAAGUCAAUUCCAUCAUUUCCACAACCACAACGAUUCUCAUUCUCAGUUCAAAACAAUUUUGAAGAUCAUCAUAAACCACCUAUCCAUCGUCCAUUUCUCAGACAAUCAUUCUCUUCAAGUGAUAUAGUAUCCACUCCAAAUUCACAAUCUGCACAACAACCAAUUGGCCGUCCAAAAUAUUCACAAUCUUUUAGACAAAGGCAACAAAAGAAGAAUGAAGCAUUUAGUAAUCUGAAACCGGAAUUUUCAAGUAUGUGUUAUGCUGAUUUGAUUAAUAAUUAUUGUUUUGCAAAUAGUUCAAAUUCAGUUCCAAGUUCAAAUCAAAGUACUGCUGCUACUAGUGCUAAUACAAGUACAGUAUCUACACCUGUACUUGGAAGUUGUUCACCAACUACUGCAUCUACACUUUAUUCAUUGAGUGAUUCUAUCCAUAUUUAA